AUGAGGAAGUAACUCAUCAUUUCGGAGAAAACAAACUGAUCUCUCUCUCUCUCUUUCUCGGUGUGAUUUCAGGAAAAUGGCUGAGGCCAGUAUUUCAGUAGAUCAGCUUUCUCAGGACCAGUUCAUGUGUCCAGUGUGUCUGAAUGUCCUGAAGGAUCCGGUGACUAUCUCCUGUGGUCACAGUUUCUGUAAGGUGUGUAUUAAUGGCUGCUGGGAUCAGGAGGAUCAGAAGGGCGUCUACAGCUGUCCUCAGUGCAGAGACACUUUCACGACAAGGCCUGUUCUAUGCAGAAACAACAUGCUGGAUGAAGUGGUGGAGAAACUGAAGAAGACUGAAGUCCAAGCCGCUUCUCCUGCUCACUGUUACGCUGGACCUGGAGAUGUGGAGUGUGAUUUCUGCACCGGGAGAAAACACAAAGCCGUCAAGUCCUGUCUGAUGUGUUUGGCUUCAUUUUGUGAAACUCAUCUGAAAACUCACUAUGAAGUUUCUUCAUGGAAAAAACACACAUUAAUUGAAGCCUCAGCAAAACUCCAAGAGAAGAUCUGCUCUGAACAUAACAAGCUGAUUGAGAUCUACUGUCGUACUGAUCAAAUAUGUAUUUGCUCUUUGUGCAUGUUGGAGAAACAUAAAGACCAUGACGCUGUUUCAGUUGCAGCAGAAAGAGCUGAGAAACAGGUGAGAACUAGAAAUCUUUCCAGAAUUAAAUCAUCUUAAUUAUAGUUUCCCAUCUAGAAAC